AUGACCGAGCACAUCAUUUACUACUCCCCCUCCUUCUCCGAGGCCAGCCACAAGGCCACGUUUACGCGCGACCAGAUCAAUGCCGCCAUCGGCCACGCGCUCGUCCUGCUCAAGGAGGGAAAGCAGAUUGGCGAGGGCAACUUCCCCCACGCCUACAAGACGUACCCGCUGCCUGCGUCGGCCGGUAAGCACGCUCGCGGGCCCAUCUUUGAGUUCCCCAUCCUGCUGGACGGCAGCCCGUACAAGGGCCACCGCAACCCCGGCCCGGACCGCGUCGUGUUUGGGUCGGUGGCGACAGACUACGGAUCGGCCGAUUACGUGGGCAUUGCCGGUGUGGGGCCGGAUGGUGCGGGGGCGGCGACGACGACAAAGACGUCCUCCGCCGCGCCAGGCGGUACGUCCGGGUCGUAA